AUGGCUGAAGAGCGACGAGAAACCGACGGUCGAAACCCUGUCCACCCCCUUCAGCUGCUGAUGGAGGAGCGCCUCCUCGACUCCAUCAUCCCCUUCGCGGCCAACCAGGCGCUGCUGGAGGGCACGGCGAAAGGGGGAAGGAAUCCCCCGGAGCAGGGCAAGGCAACCCCGCCGACGGAGGAAGAAGCCCUCCCCGUCCCGGCGAGACCUCUCGACCCACGAGAGGGGAAAGAAGUGAGCCUCCAAGUCGUGGACGACGGCAAGACGACCACAAAGCACUACAGGAUCCCAUCGCAUCUCCUCCUCCGGCACAUGGAGUACUUCACCAGCUUAUCCACCGGUCAAAACUUGGAGGAAGUGGACAUCACGGUGCAUUGCGAUGUCUCCAUCUUCGAUUGGCUGAUGGAGUGGGUGAGGCGGGAUCCCGACGACCCGAACGCUGGGCCUAAAUUCGAUGCCAGCCGGGUGAUCCCGAUCCUGAUCUCGGCGGACUUCCUGGGCAUGACCGGCCUGGUGGACGAGGGACUGAAAUACCUGAAAGAAAACUUGCACCGCGUCAUCCCUCACACCCCCAGGUUCUCCAUCCUGGGGGAGAAGCUUCUCGCAAGAUUAGGGAAUCUGUUUCAUCACGGGGAAGUGGAGGACCUGCACGACCCAAAAGAUCGGAUUCGGAGUCGUCUCUUCGGCAAACUCAUCCUUCAGCUGUUCCAACUCGAGCCCUCUCAGCAACACGGGCAUUAUGCUUCUGCUGCCAACCUUUUCAGGUGGGCGAGCGUCCACUCGUGGAGGCUGGUCUAUUGGUUCCUCUGGGGGGCGGUGCACUUCCUCGAGUGCACGCGGUGCGGGUGCGCCUUCCCGGCGCAGCAGAUGGGGUGGUGCAGCUACCAUCCGGAGAUGCCCGAGUACCCGCCGGUGGAUCACGGGUCGCACGCGCCCGCGGGGAGGUUCCCGUGCUGCGAGCAGGAGGUCUUCCGCUUCGAUCCCAUGCCGGGAUUCCUGGCAAGUUUUACGCGAGGUCGCUUUCUCGUCUCGGAUGCUCUCUCCUACGAGGGUUCCAUCGAUUCGGGUUCCUCUUGGAAAAGUGGGGCCUGGGGCAACAGCCCCAACCCCUUAAUCCGACCCUGCCUGCAUGCUGUUCACGUACAGGCUAUGCAACCUGAUGAACUUAAAGGUACUCUUCGAACUACGAAAAGGCGGAAAAUUUUCCCCCACGUUGCGUUCGAACCCGAACACCCUGCACACAACCGACGCAAGAAACGAUCAGCACUCGAGAAAGACUCGAUUCCGAAUCCUCCACAGAGCACCCAACACCGCGGAUGCCACCGAACCGACCACUCGGUCCGCCUCGUCUACGGCGACAAGUCGAAGCAGGAGCAGAUGCUCCGGACCUACGACGAGGUGAUGAGCUACCGCGUCUGCGUCUGCAUCUCCCCGCCGGCGACUCCACCCGUCGCGCCUCCGUGCCCCCGAGCCCGAGUCACCCCGCCCUGGCUCCAGCGGGUCGUGUCGCCCCGAGCCGUCCAGGAGAGGACCCUCGCGCCCAUCCGGGAUCUCCUCGGCUCUCCACCCACCGAAGAGCCGGAGCCGCGCGUCGUCCACGAGGCGAGUCGCCAGUCGUCGACCGACACGGGAUCCACGGACAGUUCCAGCGGGUCCUCGACCGACUCGGAGGGGGAGUCCCCGAGGAGGGAUAGGGAGAGGGAGAAGGAGAGGGAAGGGGACGAGGAUCACUCGCCUCCGGAGUGUCUCACGUCCGUCACGGUCAAGAAGAGGCCUUCUAUUCCCGACACUCAAUACGACAGGCUUUUGGGUCGCCUGUGGAUGAAGCGCUGGAGCACCCUGCACUCUACCCGCCACAACCAGGACAACCAGCGGGACUUCGAGACCCACCUGAUGGAGCUGCUCGUGCGCCAUCAGAGGGGGCGAGGGGCGAGGGGAGACGGGGAGGAGGGCGAGCCGGGGGGAGCGUUCGUGAGGAUCGAGAGGGAGUGGAACGCGAUGCACCGGCAGGUGCAGCAUCGGGCGAACGUGAGGAGCCUGCUCAAGACUCGGGUGAGGACGGCCAUGGGGGUUCUCAUCGAGUCAAAGAAGAAUCAUUAG